GCAACUGAAGUCAGACUCGUCUUCCUGGUCGUCAUCUUGUUCCUCUUUAGCUGGUGUCACAUAUUUGAAGGGGAAAAAAAAAAUCAGUUUUGAGUUAUAUAACUAGCUUCUUCAUCAGUGGAUUAAUCAGGUUUGGCAUAAAUUAAUGUCAUCAGAAGGCAAUCCUGAUCCUGAUGCACCAACCAACACAAUUCCAGGCGGGUCAUCCUCCGCCGCUAGCCGGCCUCGAGGCCGUCCUCGCGGAGCAAAGAGCAAGCCCAAGCCACCCAUCAUAAUCACACAAGAUACUCCAAACGCGCUCACAUCUCAUAUUUUUGAAGUUUCCUCCGGUUCAGACAUUGUUGACUCGGUGAAGACCUACGCCACCCGCCGUGGCCGAGGCGUUUGCGUGCUGAGCGGCAGCGGUGCAGUAACUAAUGUCAACCUGCGCCAGCCAGCCACAGCAGUACUACCCUUAGGAAGUAGUAGUCCUGUAGUGGCGAUGCACGGUCGGUUUGAAAUUCUAUCUCUCACCGGCACGUGCCUGCCUCCGCCGGCCCCACCUGAAGCCAGUGGCUUGGCCUUAUUUUUGGCUGGUGGGCAAGGACAGAUUGUUGGAGGGAGUGUCGUAGGGCCCUUGAGGGCUUCAGGGCCUGUAAUCUUGAUUGUGGUUUCUUUUGCUAAUGCAGCGUGUGAUAGGUUGCCGCUGGAGGAGGAGGAGUAGGAGGCUCCACCGCCGCCAUUGCAAGCGGCGGCUUUGCAAUCUUUCGAAGUGACAGUCAGUGGCAUUGGUGGGGAUGAUUAUAGUUUGGGGGGCUUGAGAACUUUUCCUGGUGAUGUAUGUGGUUAGAAUAGUGGGAGUAGUUAGAUCUUGUGCCUCAAAGGACAAGAAUGCAUGGAUUGUUCUUCAACGAGUUCAUCUAAUCUGUAAAUCCAUGUUCAUAUUGUAAAAUCCAUGCAGCUGACAUUGUAUAAUUAAUUUCUCAUCUUUAAUUUUCUAAUUCUGUGAGAUUUAUAGAA